UUUGGUGGUGUGUGGUUGCGUGGUGCGAUGCUGUGCUUUCCUCUGACACUCUGAACAGUUCUACUCUCUACUACUUACAGUCUACAGUUUGAGGUAUGAAGCGAGGGACUUUAUUGCAGAUAUUGGCAGCUAUGAUGUCAGGAAUGGUUCUUUCCUUCCUCGGUGUCAUUCCAUCCCUCUUCAUCGCUCCCAGGAAAACCAGGGUUGCAAAUCCACUGACCCACGAGGAUAUGGAUGACGAGUUAAUUCCUAAUGAUCCCCUGGUCGAUCACAACCCCCAAGAGAUACACCAUCAAGGGGAGGACGUAGAGGCGGUCAGGUUGGCAGAGAAGGUGCGGGUGUUAUGCUGGGUGAUGACUCGGCCGGAAACCCACCAGAAGAAGGCAGUCCACGUCAAGGCCACCUGGGGGAAGCGAUGUAAUAAACUGAUCUUCAUCAGCUCACAGAAUGACAUGAACAUUGGAGCUAUCGACGUGGGUGCUGGCGAUGGACGUCAGUUGUUAUGGGGAAAGACUAAGGCUGCCUUCCAAUACGUUUACCAAGAACACCUCCACGAAUACGACUGGUUCUUAAAGGCCGAUGACGACACGUACACCAUAAUGGAGAAUUUGCGUUAUAUGUUGUCAGCCUACGACCCUGAUUACCCCAUCUACUUUGGCUCAAGGUUCAAGAAGUUCACCAAACAGGGAUACAUGAGUGGAGGAGGAGGCUACGUGUUAAGCAGAGAGGCCCUGAGGAAGUUCGUAGAGGAGGCUCUGCCGGAUGAGGCCUUAUGUAAGAUAAGCAACUCAGGAGCUGAAGACGCUGAGAUGGGGAAAUGUCUGGAUAAAAUCGGUGUUUUGGCUGGUGACUCCCGAGACAGUCUGGGGCGAGGACGCUUCUUCCCCUUCAACCCUAUAGCACACCUCACAGGCAGCGUCCCUAAUUGGUACUCUGAGUAUGUGUACUACAAGCCUGAUACGGGUCUAGACUGCUGCUCAGACACUGCCAUCUCCUUCCACUAUGUUAACACAGGAAAGAUGUACGAGAUGGAGUACCUGCUGUAUCACCUGAGGCCCUAUGGUAUCCAGCACCACGACCCGUUCCCCGCCCCGCUGCCUCCAGACAGAGAGAGUAUUCCUCUCCCGAGACGGUCACAGGAGACGCUUCGCGGUGUACGGGAUGCUGCAGCACGUGUGUUUGGCGUCUCACUUAACACCGCCCCGACACUGGUGAUAGCGAUGAUGUUUGGGUGUAUGAUAGCAAACCUCAGCCAACUCCCAUACCUAGCAAACUACACCAUUAACUCCAGGUGGACGGAGGAGCGUAUGACCUAUGAUCCAGAGGUCAAGGAUGGUAAAGCCUUGACCUAUCAUGACCACGAUGAGAAACACCACAGGGAGGAAGUUGUGGAGGUGGCGCAGAAGGUGCGGGUGUUGUGCUGGGUGCUGACUUCUCCUGACAGACACCAGAAUAAGGCAGUUCACGUCAAGGUUACUUGGGGGAAGCGGUGUAAUAAACUGAUCUUUAUGAGCUCAGCGGAUGACGCCAGUAUUGGAUCUGUCAACUUGGGUCAUUAUGAAAAGAAUCCUACGUCAUGGAACAAGACUAAGGCUGCCCUCAACUACCUCUACGACAACCACCUAGACGACUAUGAUUGGUUUUUCAGAGGCGACGACACUACGUUUGUCAUCAUGGAGAAUAUGCGUUACAUGUUGAGUACCUACGACCCUGACCACCCCAUCUACCUUGGUUCAAGAAUAAGGAGGUUCAUCCCACAAGGUUACAUGAGUGGAGAUGCAGGCUGUGUGUUAAGCAGGGAGGCGGUGAGGCAGGUAGUGGAGGUGGGGCUACCGGAUGCCACCAAGUGUACCAGUGGCAGCAGAGGGAUCGAAGACGUGGAGUUAGGGAAGUGUCUCGUUAACGUUGGUGUUACGUUCGGUGACUCCAGAGACAGUAUGGGUCGGCCUCGCUUCUUCCAGUUGAGUCCUAAGAGGCACAUCUCUGGCUCAGUCCCCACUUGGUACCGCGACUUUGCUUAUUACAAACAUGACCAGGGCUUAGGCUGCUGCUCAGACACGGCCAUCACCUUCCACUCCAUCACUCCCAGAGAGAUGUAUGAAAUGAAUUAUCUGGUGUACCAUCUGAAGCCCUAUGGUAUCACCCACCGAGACCCUUUCCCCGCCCCGCUGCCUCCAGACAUUAACAGCAUCCCCACACAGCUACUGAAGAAUAAACCAAAAACGUAAAUAUAGUUGAGAUAAGAGGUACAGAAUAGGCAUAGACCAUCUCAUGCACAUAGUGAGGUAUUGGGGAGAGCUUCAGCUGCGUUACCAACACCAUGAGAGCUUCUGGUGAACGCUCCCGGCUCUCACUCGACCCUUGGCACAAGCUGGUGGGAACUCGUCACCUGGGACCGAUUCUUGGGAGUCAUUAUUGAGUUUUUAAUUCUUGGUUCUUAUAAAAUGUUACUUAACUUUUACAUUUAGUACAAGUUGAUGUGUUUGAUUCAUGUGUGUUUUGUGUAAUUUUGUACAUGGACCCUCCUGGAAAUAAGCAGCUUACAUCUUUGUUGAAUAUCCUUGGUCAAGUUGCCUUACUGUUUACCAUUGUUGUUUACCUGCAGCACUGUCUCGGCACACAGGAAACUAAUUUAUA